CGCCGCUAGGGUUUUCUCUCUCGUACUCUUUAGGCGUGGAGAGCUUCUUCAAUCGGUUCACUGCCGCCGUCUCUCGCGAAUAUCAGCUUCAGGUAACUUAGAAGGUAGAAGAAGGCAUGGCUUAUGCAGCAAUGAAACCUGCCAAGGCAGGAUACGAGGAUUUGCAGGAGCAGAUUCACAAAAUCAGGAUUACUCUCUCCUCCAAGAAUGUGAAAAACCUUGAGAAAGUGUGUGCUGACUUGGUACGUGGAGCUAAGGACAAGUCCCUUCGGGUUAAGGGACCUGUGAGAAUGCCCACCAAGGUUCUUAACAUCACUACCCGGAAGGCCCCUUGUGGAGAAGGAACCAACACAUGGGACAGAUUCGAGCUCCGAGUUCACAAGCGCGUUAUCGAUCUUUUCAGCUCUCCGGACGUGGUUAAGCAGAUCACUUCCAUCACUAUUGAGCCCGGUGUCGAGGUUGAAGUCACCAUUGCCGAUUCUUAAAAGGAGCAAUCUUUCGUAAUGGUUUUGUGUUUUUGCCUCGAUAUUUGUUCUUGGCAAUGAGCUUAUUGAUGGUGCAAGAAGUACUUUAAUAGGAUUGAGGUUCAUGGUUUCUUCCGUACCUUUUUUCAUUUCAAAGAAGUUGGUAUUUUGGACAAAUCUUGAAAUUUUGGUGCAACUGCUUUGAUGUCUUGAUGGUAUUCAACUUUGGUUUUCUGAUGA